UGAAGGAGCAUGUGACCACUGACGUGACAAACCUCCGUCUAACAACUCCAUUCUAGCAUCUACCCUGCCCCGGUAACGGGGCCGGUUAUUUCCUCCAGUUUACGAGCAUGUCAGUGAGGACGGAGCCGGGCAGACACGGCAGUGAAUUCCGCAGGCGUAGGAAGCUGUAUGACAUCCAGAAGGCUCUGAGUAAGGACCCCCCAGAUGUAGCAACGCUCCGGCGGAUGGCAAUCAGCGAGGGUGGACUUCUUACGGACGAGAUCCGAUGCCAAGUUUGGCCAAGACUUCUGAAUGUCAGCACUGAGGAGCUGCCUCCACCCCCAGGUCCUGAGCUGCGGGUGAACAAUAAGGACUAUGAGCAGGUUCUGCUGGAUGUCCGGCGCUCACUGAGGCGCUUCCCUCCUGGUAUGCCCUUAAAGGAGCGGGAAGAUUUGCAGGAGCAGCUGAUUGACAUCAUCCUACAGGUGUUGGCACGAAACUCGCAGUUGCACUAUUACCAGGGAUAUCAUGAUAUUGUAGUCACUUUCCUGCUGGUGGUGGGAGGGCCGUUAGCCACACUCCUGGUGGAUAAGCUGUCCACACAUCACCUAAGGGACUUCAUGGACCCCAGCAUGGAUAACACUAAACACAUCCUCAACUACCUGAUGCCUAUUAUAGAGCUGGUAAACCCGGAACUAUACGACUUCAUGGUUCGGGCAGAGGUUGGUACCAUAUUCGCCUUGAGUUGGCUCAUCACAUGGUUUGGACACGUCCUAUCAGACUUCAGACACGUGGUGAGGUUGUAUGACUUCUUCCUGGCAUGUCACCCGCUAAUGCCCAUCUACUUUGCCGCCGUGAUUGUUUUGCACAGAGAGGCAGAGGUGAUGGAUUGUGAGUGUGAUAUGGCAUCCGUGCACCACCUGCUAUCGAAGAUCCCGCAAGAUUUGCCCUAUGAGACUCUAAUCAGCAAAGCUGGAGACCUCUUUGUCCAGUUCCCCCCAUCAGAACUUUCCAGGGAAGCAGCGCAGCAGCAUCAGGCAGAGAGGACCGCAGUGUCAACCUUUAAGGACUUUGAAUUGGCGUCCACCCAGCAGCGGCCGGAUAUGGUCCUCCGGCGGCGCUUCAGAGAAUCCAUCCAUCCUGAGCACAGGAACAAGGCAGUCCUCACCAAACCCCGUACUAACAGACUGGUGAAGCUGGCGGUCAUGGGACUGACAGUGGCUCUUGGUGCUGCAGCACUUGCUGUUAUGAAAAGUGCCUUGGAGUGGGCCCCUAAAUUUGAACUGCAGAUAUUCCCAUAGCUACCUGCAUUGAUGGGUGAGACUGUGGACACAGGAUCCAUUGAUCAUCUCAUAGGGUGGAGAACACACACCGCACACCUGUGCCUUUGUCCGAUCCAGCACCCCACAGUCCACAUCCCUUUACUUGACCACUUCACACUUGGACCUGGACGCGCUCCGUUAACUGUUUACUUGUGUAUAUGCCUCAGAGUACACCAUGCAGGCAAAAUGAUGAGCACCUCUGCGUGGGAUACAGCUAAUUAACCUGUGUAUAUCUGUACAUAAUCGUGAUUCACUUUAUGAUAAAUAUUUAACACUGAG